AUGUUUGGCGAACAAUUAAACAGCGCGACGCCCCUCCAAAGUAAUGCUCCAAGAACACCUAUAUCGCAAAUUAGAUCUUCCUCAAAGCCUAUUUCCAAAGUUAGGUUGGCCUCAAAGUCUACUUCCCAAAUUAGCUCGGACGUAGAGCAUACUCCAGAUACACCUUUGUAUUAUUCGGUAAAACAAACACAAUAUAAUACACAUGUUUCUGAGGUCGACCAAACUCGAAUGCAAGUAGACAGCAUAUUUCGACUGAUUUUCUCAUAUACGUGGGUAAUUAAAGACUUCCAAGAUUUUUUCAAAAAUCCGAAUGGUUCCGAAAUUUAUAGCGAUAGAUUCACAUCGUCUCCGUUUUACUCGGCUACACGAACCUCGGGGAUCGAUGAAUUUCCAGACUUAAGAUAUUCUUGGCGUUUGGUACUUUAUCCAAAUGAUAUCUUGCUUCAGGAGAAGAAUUUUAUCUCAGUCUUUCUUUUAUCAUAUCCAAGUGAUCUUGAGAGGAGGAAUAGCUUAUCUAAGAUUGUUAGAGUUGGCUUCGAUCUAUAUAGAGUUGAGGGUGACUCGAUCGACAGAAAUAAUAGUACAUCGGAUUCAAUGAUGAGACUUUUAAAGUCUCAUCAACCGUCAACGGAAGUGUUUUAUUUGGGUGAUGAAACGACGCGUCACGGGAUACGGAGAUUCAGUGAUUUCGGAAGUAUAUUUCCUGACAACAAUACCAACAAAUCCACAUCAAUAGCGAUCCGAGUAAAUUUUUAUCAUGUAGACGAAGUUAUGGAUGUCAUGUCUCGUUCCAAAAAUAUAGAGCCAGACUAUCUCGAGCUUUUUAACAAUCCGGUCCAUAGCGACAUCAUAUUUCAAUUGGAUUGUGGAAAACAAAUUUAUGCUUAUAGUGAAUUUCUCGCAAAAAAGUCGCGCUUUUUAAAAGAACUAUUUGGUCAGGUGAUUGUGGAUAUCGGAAAAAAGAAUAUAGGAGCAAAACGAAUUAUGAUCCGAGAUGCGGAAUACGAUCAUUUCAGAAUAAUGAUUUAUUUUGCAUAUACUGGAAAAUUUGAGCAAAAGCAUGGAAAAUUAUCCUUUGAUGAUUUGUUACAUUUGAUUAGGUUAGCACAGUCAUUUGAAUUUCGAGAUUUUGAGAAUGAGGUGUUAGAAAGACUCGGAAAUAUUAUUAAUUUAGAUAAUUGGAGUGAUAUUCUCAAGGUUAGCAGGAGAGUGUGUAGUGAUGAAUUGAAAUACAAGGUAUUGAGAUUUGUUAGUGAAAAUUGGAAUCAGGUCAGAGGAACGCAAAAGAUGAGGGGGUUGAUAAAUCUUGAUGAUUUCGAAUUAACAGAGGAAUUGUUUUGGGCGCGAUUUGUUAACUAUCGCUAG